UAUAAACCCGGAUCCCCGUGUCCGCCACACUGUGUGGGGGCUGGUCUUCAGUGGAGCGGUCAACAGCCUGGGUUUUCUAUUCUCACAGUCCAGUGUACAGCGAAUUGUCUCCAUCAGAUACGAAAAACAUGCCCGAAUGUCCUUUGUGUUGUGCAUGUUUCUGGCAUCCACGUAUCAUGUGAUCAUGAGUUUCACUGGUCUAGUUCUCCUGGCGUAUUUCGUGAGCAUUCGGUGUGACCCCCUCAAGGCUGGAUACAUCAAGAACAGGAACCAGCUGAUGCCCUAUUUUGUGAUACACUCGCUGAGCUUUUUGCCCGGACUACCGGGCCUCUACAUGGCUUCGGUUUUCUCUGCAUCCUUAAGCACGCUGUCCUCAGGGAUCAACUCUCUAGCAGCAAACACAGUUGAAGAUUUUCUAGGUGGUGUUCUGGCCAAUAAACGGGAAUCUGUUGUCACCGCCAUCUCCAAGUGUAUUGUAUGUGUGUACGGAGCAGGCAUAAUUGGGCUGGCGUAUUUGACUCGGGAAAUGGCAGGCCCUGUGACACAGACAUCAUACACAGCAUUGGGUGCUACAACAGGACCACUAAUUGGGGUGUUCAUCUUGGGAGCCACAUUCCCUCAAGCAAACGCAGCCGGUACGUUGAUCGGGCUGCUCUCUGGACUGACACUCAAUGUGUGGAUAAGUAUUGGAUCUGUUCUGUACGGUACACCCACACCUCCGCUGCCCCCUGGUCCUGUUGAUAAGUGCUCUACUCUGAAUGUAUCUGCCACUGCUGCUGCAUGGAACUCUUCGUGGCCCAUUAACUCCACCCCAGCACAGAAUUUCAUGUCCUCCACUAGCAUGACAACAGCCAGGAGCCAAGCCACUGAAAGUGAUGUAUUUUCAUUGUACGACCUAUCUUACACAUGGACACCUCUCAUUGGUUUCCUGGCUACGGUCAUCUCCGGAUUACUAGCUAGCAUGAUCAAUG